AUUAUAAUAAUUAUAUGAAAAAAUAGAAUUAAUCAAUGUCAAUUAAUAGUUAUCUUUAUUGUUGUGUUUUUUAUCAACCAAAUAAAAAGUUUUCCAUGAUCAAAUUUUUGAGAUCGCCACGUUACGGCUUAUCGCUUCGUAAGUAGUAUGAUUGUGCCGUUAAUAUUGCAUUAGUGUGUUCUCCAUAGUUUCGGUGCAUUAAUUUAUAUCUACGAUACAAUGCAAUAGAUAGUAGCGCGUAGAAUGUGUUUUAAUAAGUUACACAUUUAUAAAAUCUGAGAAAAGUUAAUUCUUUUCAUAUGAUUUAAACAAUAUAAGAGUAAAAAACGAAUUAUAAAGGUUAGAUACAAUUAUUAAAGAAGAACAAACCGCAAAGUUUCAUGCAACUUUGAUAAAUUAGCUCUCAAGCUUAUAUACAGAGAAUAUAGCCAAGUGCAAAAUGGAUAAUAAUAAAGUGGAGGACGAAAAUCAACGUAAUAUUAAUGAUGGGGAUUGGAUUUGUCCCGAUUCUCAAUGUGCCAAUGUAAAUUUUGCAAGGAGAAAUUCUUGUAAUCGAUGUGGAAAAGACAGGGGAGAAUGUCCUAAGAAAAAAAAAUUAGGACAAGAAAUUGGCAAAGCAGCUGCAGAAAAAAGUAGAGGUUUGUUUAGUGCUGAUGAUUGGCAGUGCAGUAAAUGUGGAAACGUAAAUUGGGCUCGACGACAACAAUGUAAUAUGUGUAAUGCACCAAAAUUUGGAGAAAUUGAAGAACGUACAGGAUAUGGAGGAGGAUAUAACGACCGAGGAGUUGUUGAAUAUAAAGAAAGGAGAGACGAUGAUGACGAAUACGAUGAAUUUGGACGUCGUAGAAAGAAACGAAAAAUUGAAAACCGUUCAGAUGACGAUUCCAAAGAUUCUAGGUAUAGCAGUCCACCACGUAAUAAGUCUAAAGAUGAAGAUGAUAGAAACGAAAUAGAAGAAGAUCAAAAUGAUGAAGAUGAAGAAGAGGAAGAUGAUGAAGAAGAUGGUGAUUUAUCUAAAUAUGAUCUUAGUGAAUGGGAUGACUUUGCAGUUAAGAAAAAUACAAAUGGGAGCACUGUAUCUUCAGAAGAACAACAAUCAAGAGACAAAGAUGACUGGCGCGAUUCGGGAACAUCUAGUCAAUGAAAAUAUGUGCAGAAGGAAAGGUGAAACGAAAUUUCAAGAAUGACAAAUUCUCGACAACAAGAGAUAUAACACAACGCAACAAAUUUAGUGAUUUAGUGAGCACCUUUGGAUAAAGUGAUGAACAAUAUAUACAACUUAUUGCAAGGGGAAUCGAUUACAAAUAAGCUUUACAUUUCGUGACUGAGCUCAUAGCUUCAUUUGACUCAAUGGAUGGAGAGUGAAAUGUAGGUUACUUAUUUGCGCAAUAUUGUCCUAAAUAUUGCAUAGUAAUGUGGAAAUUCGUAAAAUACUUGGCGCAGGUAGAAUAUUUCUCUAGUAAAUGAAAUUAAAACAAAAAACAGAAAAACAGAAUGAAAUCUGUAAUAUUGACAUAAUUUUAUGGAUGAUAUGUUACACGACUCGUUGUAAAAACUUUGAAUUAUGAACAUAGAUGAAAUCUUAUUUCUAACUGAAAAUAUAAAGUCUUCGAGAAAGCUCUCUAUCAUCAUGUCACAUAUUUAGAAAUGUUCUUUAUGUUAUCACAAAAUUCAUCAUUUUGCGCUAAAUCGCUUAAAAUAUUGCUCAAGCUGCUUCGAAAAAAAUUUUUUUUUUAGUUUAUUUUCUCGCUUCGUCUUUCUCUAAUUUUCUCAUUCAUUCUUUUUUUUUUCUCUUUCUUCAUGCAUAACAUCUAACGAUUAAAUAAACAUAUUAUAGUAUUAAAAAAUCAUUCCUUAAUGAAUAUAGAUAUGUAUUGAUGUCUUCAGAAAGAAGAAAAAAGGAUACAUUUUCUUGUUUGACUAUCACAGAUCCGAGUAAGUUGGAAGCAGCCUGUUUUUUAAAUGAAAAAAAAAAAAAAAAAAAAAAAAAAAAAAUUAUGAG